UGGCAAUGUGCUGGCAUUAAUCGUAAAUAUGUAUCCAUUUGAAGGCACAUCGACGCAACAGUAAUUCCGGAGAACAACAUAAAAGCCAGCCGUCUUCCUACUAUCGCCUUCAGAAUUACCUGAUCCCGCACACACUAUUCGCAAACAAUGCAUUUCUCCUCCGCAAUUGUGCUCGCUGUCAUUGCUGCUUUAGUAUCAUCAAGCUCUGCCAUGCCCACUACUAGCGAUGCAACUAGGCUCCCCGCUCACAAUCCGAAAUGUCCCUCAGGCUCAAAAUGCGACACGAACCCAGACUGCCAAGUUGAAGGAUGCACUGAAUUUUGCGGAUGGGUGAGUCACAUUCUUGAUUUUACAUCGGUGGAGUAUGGCCGUUGACACUGACACGCGAGUUAAGGAAGAAUAUGUGUCAAC